UCUACACUCCCUGCACAACACGAGUGGUUUGGCAGUGAGUCAAUGCUUCCUUUAACCCAGCUGGGCGGAUGAGGUGUGGGGCUGGCAGGAGCCUGCUCGCCUGCCUGCGGCCCCAUUAUUUGGGGCGGUCACGGAGGUGGGGCCCAGCAGUGUGUCGGGUAACGGGGCCGGCCAUAGGAAUGCCUCUGGUUGUCACUUAGGCUCGUCUGCAAGAUGGGGAGGAAGCUGGAUCUCUCCAAGCUGACUGAUGAGGAGGCCAAGCAUGUCUGGGAGGUGGUCCAGCGUGACUUCGACCUGCGGAAGAAAGAGGAGGAGCGGUUGGAGGACCUGAAGUGCAAGAUAGACCAGGAAAGCAGCAAGAGAGAGUUCCUGACCCACCAGUCCCACCUGAACGAAACGCACUGCGUGCACUGCCUGCAGCCCUUCAAGUUCCUGCUGAACAGCAAGCGGCAGUGCCUGGAUUGCCGCUUCUACACCUGCAAGAGCUGCAGCCGCUACAACAAGAGGGAGCAGGGCUGGGUCUGUGACCCCUGCCGCCUCUCCAGGGUGGUGAAGAUCGGUUCCCUCGAGUGGUACUACGAGCACGUGCGGUCCCGUUUCAAGAGGUUUGGAAGUGCCAAGGUGCUGCAGUCCCUCUACGGCAGGCUGCAGCCAGGGCAGAAGGGGAAUUCAGCUCUUCUAGGUCUUCAUGACAGAGUUUACAGCCUGCCAGACAUCAACAGUGAAUGCCAGCACCCUGCCAAUGGUGGCACUGGGGACGACAGUGGUGAUGAGGAUGAUGCGCUCCAUGGAGCUGAAGCAGAGUGCUACAACAGAAUGCGCAAGACAAAGCGCCUGCUGUCCGUGCACCCCUUUGAUUUUGAGCUGGACUCGGAGUACUCUGCCCAGUCUCGCCGCCAAUCUGCCCAGCUCUCUCCAGUGGCCAUCAGCUCUGAUGCUUUCCAGUCCUUCCCAGAUUUCUCUGGCCCAGCUGAGGAUGCUCCCCGAGAGCCCCGGCUGGAGGAGGCUGACCUGGCAGCUGUGUUCCACAUCUUGAGGGAGCAGGAGCAGCACCUCAGCCCUCCGGAGCAGCACUUCAGCACGGAGGUUCGACUCACGCUCAAUGCACGCAGACGGAGCCUGGACAGAAGUUCAAAACCUGGCAGCCCCUGGAUGGAGCAGCCCCGGUCCCUCUACUCUGCAGACAUGGACACCUCUGAUGAGGAUGUGAAGGGAGCCCCAAAGCUCGCUGCCUGCCUGCCUCACCACCUGAAACGCCGGAGCAGAGCCUCCUCCCAGGAGAACAUCAGCCACAGCUCGGGAAGUCAGAUUCACGAGCUCAACAAACGCAUGUCAGUGAUUGAACGCGUGCUGAACCGCUUGGAGGAAAAAAUCCUGGUGCGCUCUGCUGAGUCUCUGGCCACAGAGUCCCAGCUUGAUCCUGAUGCUGAGGAGGAGGAGUUGAAGAGGAAGCUGGAGGAGUUCACCAGCAACAUCAGUGACAGAGAAGUCUCUUCUGAAGAAGAGGAGCGUGAAGAAAGGAAGGGAGUGAAGAGACCUGAGAUGAGCUCCUCCAGCGAUGACGUGGCCAGUGAAGCUCGAAAGAGGUCCUCAGCUCAGGCUUUGAGUGAAAUCACGGCCAAAGCACUGAGAGCCAUAAAUGCCACGGAGAAAGCGGUCUCUGAGUCACUGCAAGGACAGAGCUGGGGCAGUGAUGGCUGUGCUCUGCAUCUCAGCAUGGAGGAUGGGAAAGAGGCGGCUGAAGCAUACCGUGAGCUUGAGGAAAAUGUCUACCUGGCUGCUGGGAAGGCCUAUCAGCUGGAGACAACCCUGUCAGAGCUCGAGGAAGGGGCUCGGCACUGCAGCACGACCGACUCGGAGCUGUCGGAGCUGGAGGACAAAGUGGCCUCAGCAGCUGCACAGGUACAGCAGGCAGAGAGCGAGAUAUCGGAUAUUGAAUCUCGAAUCGCGGCUCUGUCUGCUGCGGGGCUGACGGUGAAGCUGGUGGAAAAGGCAAGGAAGAAAUCAAAUGGGCAGGCUUUCCACCUCUGCUCCCCCACCCCCACCAGCAGUCCAGGGGAGUCUUUGGAUGAUGUUAAGACUGCUUUCCCUCUCUUGCAGGCAAUGCCUGGGCCCCAGGUCCUCAGGAGGAGGUUCAACAGUCCCUUUGAAAUCACUGGCUUCGAUGACUCCUUUGACCGCAACUCGGUUUACCGCGGCUCGCUGACGCAGAGGAACCCCAAUGGGAAGAACAGGAGAGUGGAGCGUCUCUUUGCGAAGCCAGUGAUGACCCACUUGUCCUGAAGAGGGGAUGCCCACCCGCCACUGCAUUUCAGUGACAGUGCGGGACUUCAGCACCCAGCCUUCCCCCAGUGCUUGCCCCUCCUUCUCCCAUGGCCACAUCCCCCUGGAAGCUGGAAGAGAGAGGAACAAGUUGCAGGAGUGCAGACACAUGGCCGGAUAAUCACGAGGACCACAUCUGUUUGGGCAGGAUGCUGCUCUCCUUGUCCCUUCCACUAGGGACACUGUGAGAACCACUGGUGGUGAUGCCAGAGGAAGGGUCCCCACGGUAAAGCACAGUGUCCCAGGGCCUGAUGUGCAGCCCAGCACUGGUCCUGCCUCAUCUCUGGGGCACAGCUUCCUUUCCCUGCACGGGAGCUGCACUGUGUUGCUCCUAGCAAGCUCUUGGCCAAUGACUCUUUGCACUAAACCCAGUAGGUACACACUGAGGCUUCUUGCCUGAAGCAGCUGGGCUCAUAUGGGGGCAGGAGUGAGGUGUGGCUUGUGGGAAGAGGCAGCAGCUUUCACUGCACCAGUAGGAAGACAGCUUGGGGUCAGUCUGACCAAAGGUGCCUUCUCUCCCUGCAAGGUUCCAUCAGCAGGCUCAGAAGGAAACCAGUACCAAGCUCUCUCCAGUCUGCAGAAAGGUCCCCUGGAGGUGUGCCUUUGUCCCCUGGAGGCUGCACUGGCCCUGAGCACCCUCCCACUCUCUGAGGCUGGCUGUUUUCUGCUUCCACUAACUGAAGAUGGGGGGGAGGGGGGAGAUUUUUGUUAAAAACUUCAGCUCCAUCUCUGCUUUUACUUUUAGCAUGAUUCACAAGGUUUAGCUUUGGUCGUAGCAGAGAACUCACUAUUUAGACAUUAGUCCUGCAGUCAUCCCAGAGUAGUCCUGUGAGGCUGGAAACUUACCUAUCAGUUUUCCUUCUUUAAAGUGAAAUCCUUCUUGCCUGAAGUUGAAAAAGUGGAAAGAGUUACACUCAUGGCAGUAUGACUGCUUUUACCCUCCCCAGCUUGUAAGCAGUUCAUGGUGUACAUGUAUGCACGCACACGUCCCCCCCUCCCAGGAGCAUCCAUGGAGGCUCUGCACCAUGCUGGUUUGCAGCAGCUGAGCACAACUCCCUGCAGCGCUCCGCUGAGCUCUGAGCAAUGCUGUGGGUUUGCUCUGGUGCCAUGGUUCAGCCCUCACCCACACGCCUCUCGCUGUACUCAAUUCCAGCAGUAAGCCAAGUCCUUUCAGGUGGUCAGGCAGACUCUUGACCCUCUGGAGCCCUCCUUGUAAGUCUCAGCAGCGUACAAAUAAGGCAUCGUUCAGGUUGUAGCUUUAACAUUUACUGCUCUGUGUAGAGGUUAUGUAUGCACACUGCAUCACACAAUAAAGCUGACAUAGGGUCCAGAACCCAGAGGUUUAUUUCACAGUGUCAUCCUUCAACAUGCUGCAGCUAAGGAUGCUUUGUCUCCCCGCCCUCCCCUUUGCCCAGGUGCUGUGGUUAAACCCUGGCCCCACACAGCCCGUUGCACUUGGCCAUAUGGGGUCGGCU